AUGGUUCUAAGCAGCGGUAUGGGAGGAAAGUCUGAGGACGGUGAAAAUUGGAUGGCUGAUCGGAUUCGUAAGCGCAGGGGUGUGCUUGAUGGAGAUGGUGCUGGCAACAACUUUGAUGAAGCGCAGACUGUUGAGGAUUUAAUGGCCUCAGAAACAGAUUUUGAUGACCCUGUUUCUGGGCCACAUUUCCCUAACUAUCGCUUAUCCAAACGUACCAUAAGCGGAGCUAGUUACAGAACUGAUGAAGACACUGAUUACAGUGAAUACGAGGCGUUAAUAAAAUCAAAGAUAAUUUUUUACCUAAUUUUGUUAUCCAUUUUUUUUCAGUCGCCGGUUGACUCUUCGUUAAACUGGUUUCAACGGACGCGGCAGGCAUUACAUGGCGACUUCUCUUCAAUAUGUUUGCUUUUGUUCCUCUACCUGCUACAGGGUGUACCUCUAGGUCUUAUUGCAGCUAUACCAUUGGUGUUAUCAAGUAGGAAUGCUUCAUAUGGCCAGCAAGCAGUAUUUUCUUUUGCCUACUGGCCUUUUAGUCUUAAAUUGUUAUGGGCUCCUAUUGUCGAUUCUGUGUACUGGAAACGUAUGGGAAGAAGGAAGUCUUGGAUGGUACCUUGUCAAUAUUUAAUUGGUAUUUUCAUGUUAAUAUUGUCAUAUAAAGUUGCGGAUAUAAUGGGUGAUGAAAGUGAAGGUUUGUACACUUUUAUUUUACUAUCCUUCAAGAAGUUAGAAAUUAACUGUAUAACAGCGCUUAUUCAUCACUUUUUUCCAGACUCAAAAGCUCCAAACGUGUUGUUCUUGAUGUUGAUAUUUCUGCCUCUGAAUUUCCUGGCAGCCACUCAAGAUAUUGCUGUAGACGGAUGGGCUCUUACAAUUUUGUCUAGGAAGAAUGUUGGCUAUGCUUCAACCUGCAAUGCCGUUGGCCAAACUGCAGGCUAUUUUUUAGGUAAUGUUGUAUAUUUAACCUUGGAUUCUGCUGAUUUUGCAAAUCGUUUUUUCCGAACGGAACCAAAACCGUAUGGGUUGGUGUCAUUAUCUGGUAGGUGCUUAUGGUUAAAUAUUUUAGUUGGUUCUUGGAGGGCGUUAAUUGCCUCAUCUAUCAAUGUUCUGGAAUCUCAGGCCCAGUUGGGUUUGUUUGGUAAGGGUCGGCUAUGGCGUAUCAACUUGUAUCAUUAUCAUCAUCAAGGCUAG